ACAGUGAAGAAUGAUUCUGUCACAGUGUGUCUUGUCCCAAGCUGAGAAGAUAAUGAGAGCUUCUCCGGCAGCAAUACUCUCCUUAUCUCUUGCUUCAACCAAAACUCGUUUCUCCAGCGAACUUAUUCAAUUAAAAAAACAUGUUUCGAACACUCACAUCUUCUCACGACCAGUACGUCUCGUCUCGAAGCAACCUAGCAUACGAUGGACCUUCUCCUGCAAAUGCCGAAACAGAGGAAGAAAUUACUCGAAGUUUGAUGAUGAAGGAGAAGACUUCAUCGUGGUGAACUUCUAUCGCUUUGUUUCAAUCCAAGAUCCCGCCGCUGAAAUUGAAAAGCACCUCUCUUUCUUACAGGAUUUGAAUAUACGUGGUCGGAUAUAUCUAAAUGAACAAGGAAUCAACGCACAGUACAGUGGACCAUCUAAAGACGCUCUUGCAUAUGUUGAAUGGUUGAAAGAAGAUGAGAGGUUCUCCGAUAUACUUGUUCAGAUGUCUCCUGCUAUCGGUAGGCAUGCAUUCCCUAAGUUGAAGCUACAGAACAAACCUUCCUUAGUGCAGUAUGAGGGAGGAAUUUCACACCUUCCCUUACUUGAUCCACCGAUGCGAGCAAAACCCUUAGAACCAUCUGAAUGGAAAGAGAAGCUAAAAGACUUAACGGAUGACGGUGAAGCAUCACCUUCAGAUAGUGGCAGAAGCUGCAUAUUAUUGGAUGUCAGAAACGGUUAUGAAUGGGAUGUUGGUCAUUUUCGUGGGGCACGUAGACCUGAAGUUGAUUGCUUUCGGAACACUUCUUUUGGGCUAUCUGAUGAAAAGGAAGCUCCUUCAGACCCUUUGAUAAAUGUUGACAAGGAAAAAACAGAUAUACUGAUGUACUGCACUGGAGGUAUACGUUGCGAUGUAUAUUCAACAGUUCUGAGACAGCGGGGUUUCAAGAACCUGUAUACACUCAAGGGUGGAGUUUCCCAUUAUCUUGAGGAAGAAGGCACAUCUGACUGGGUUGGGAAUCUUUUUGUGUUUGACUCUCGUCUCUCUCUCCCACCAGCUGCCUACAGUAACAACACCGUGGAUGAAGCCAUAAUAACUCCACAGACGCCUGUGGAUACAAGUUUUGCAAGAUGCUAUAUUUGUGAUUCACAAGUUCAUGAACUGAGACAUCGGAACUGUGCUAACCUCGAUUGCAAUCUGCUUUUCUUAUGCUGUGCAGAAUGUGUUGUCAACUUGAAGGGAUGUUGCUGUUCAGACUGCGUUACUGCUCCCAGACUUAGACCUGUCUUACAUGGAAUAAAAAGAUAUGAAAAAUGGCAUGUGUAUCGCGAUUCAUAAAUGCAAAAUGCGCCUAGUACUCAUGCCUUGCCACUUCAAAAUUAUGUUCACUGCAUCUCUGUGAUGCUCAUGGGGUUUCGUCUGUUCUACAAUGGGCAAGUGAUUCGAUGUGAAACACAACAAAUGCAAAAGGUUCUUGAAGCAGAAGCUCAUGCAGGAAGAAGUACUGUUCAAUUUUGUUAAGUUUUUGGGUGUGAAACUUGUCAAUACUCAAAUUUUCAUUUCAACAUGUACAAACAAAACUUGCAGCAAAGAGCAAGCAAACUAUGAUGCAACAAGGUGGUUCUUGUUACUAACAAAGUAGAAAAAUAGUUGUAGAGGUGAUUAUUUUAGAUAAAUCCGUGGUUUUAAUA